UUAAAAUAACACAACCAUUUGAACAUUGAGUGGCCUUGUCUCGUCUCAGAAGGCGAAAGACUCAUGGACAGGAAUCCUUAAUCAAUAUUUCCAAACACAGCAACAUCACCUAACUGUUAGCCCCUCUUCUUUUUCCCCCUCAUAAAGAGCUCCAAAAGAGCUUCUUUCUCAUUCAUUCUCCACCCAUUUACUAAAUCAAAAAAAUUGCUAUUAUUUUGUCAACACCCCAUAAAUCAAAACAAGAAAAGAUUCUAUCUUUUUAAUCUUAGGAUACCUAAAGAACGUUGGAUUUUAGUUAUAGUUAAUAGCUAUUUAUUAACAUGAGUUUAGGAUUCAAGAAUUUUCUAUUUUUUAGCCAGUUCAAUACUGUCUAGUUAGGGAGUUCCAAAUCCAAAAGCCAAAACCAUAGGAUUUUGUCUAUAGAACCUGUCUAAACCUCAGUUCUUGAUGGUUACAUUGUACCCGAAAACAUAAAAGGAAAAAUUGACAAUAUUGGUAAAGUAAAGUCAAAUAAGGACUUUGUUUUGAGGUCAAAGUCAGUGUUGACUAUGGAUAAAGAGGUGGAUAUUGAUGGAAAUGGAGGUUUGGACAGAGAGAGGAGUAAGUACAAUGCAAUUGUUAUUGGGUCUGGUAUCGGUGGGUUGGUUGCUGCUACACAGUUGGCAAUGAAAGGAGCUAAAGUUUUGGUCUUGGAGAAGUAUGUAAUUCCUGGUGGGAGUUCUGGGUAUUAUAAGAGGGAUGGAUAUACUUUUGAUGUUGGCUCUUCUGUUAUGUUUGGUUUCAGUGAUAAGGGCAACCUAAAUUUGAUAACAUAGGCACUAGCAACAGUUGGCUGUGAGAUGGAGGUGAUUCCUAACCCAACUACUGUCCAUUUUUAUCUACCUAAUGACCUUUCUAUUCAAGUUCA